UCAGAGGCAUCAGUUCUGUUUGAGACGUCGUUCGAUGUGGUUGCCGUAGCGGCAAAAAUACAAAUAAAAAAUAAACAAAAAUAAUAAUCAAAUACAAUUGAACUGAACAACUGAAAGAUACAGCGAUUGAGAUAUACAAAAAAAAAGUAAAGCGCGCGUCGUUUGAAGUGCAAGAACGGGCAAAACUUGCAACAGUGUGGCAUCGAUAGGCAUUAAGUGUUAAUGGCAUACCGUAAUAAAUAUAUAAUUUAUGCCAAUUGAAUUUUAGAUGUUCGAUGUUUGAAUCUUAAAACAUCAGAGCAUCAACAUCGUCAUCGUCAUCGACAUCGUCGGCAUCGUGAUUAAAACCAAUUUGGCGCGUGUGCUCUUGACUUUGUUUCGGUUUUUCAACUUCUAUAUCGGUCUGACAUUUGAUCUUUUGGGAAAGAUCAGCAGCGAUGUGUAAUAGAACAAACCAGACAUAACAUAUGGAAUAUUAUUCAUAGCCCCACCUACUCAGCACUUAAUUUGUUGUUGUCCAACUUUUAAGUCGAAGUUAUAUAUACAAUAUAAUUAACGCCCAGCCAAACAAAUUGACAAUUGAUUCGGAAGCCACAAAAAAAAUAAAAAGGAAAAGAGAGAAGAAACACUAACGAAAAUGAAAGAUUUUCGUAUUUUGGGUAUCGCAUUAUUCUGCUUCACGCUAUUUUUGGACUGUGAGUGCCAAAAUGCCAACACAGUCUCGAAUGGCCCACGUCAGAUGCAGAAGACUUCGUUCUCGUGCUCAGGUCGCCCCGCUGGCUACUAUGCGGACGUGGAGACAGGCUGUCAGGUGUAUCACAUGUGCGAUGGCCUAGGAAGGCAGUUCAGUUACACUUGCCCGAACACGACGCUCUUCCAGCAGCGCAUGCUCAUCUGCGAUCACUGGUACAUGGUCAACUGCUCCAAGGCGGAGAGCAACUACGCUGCGAAUCUGUUAAUAGGUCAGCGUGAUAAGCCUUUUGUUAAUGAUGAGGAAAACAAUCUUCGCACGCCACGCCCUGAUCUGCUGGAUCGUCCUUAUGCACCUGAUUAUGGCGGUGAAUCCUUCAGAAGUCAAUACAAGCAACUGACGCCAAGUCAAAAUCAAAUACGCGACGACAGCACAAAGGGUUCUAUCAAACUGGAUGCACAGUUGGCACAAAAUGGUCAAACUCGCUGGCGCAUUCCGCCUCCAAGUCGCACCAUUCUGCCACCAGCCUAUGAGCCACAGAUUGAGCUAACCAGCAGCACAGCCAGACCAAGACCAAGCACCACAACGACAACCACAACUACAACUACAACGACCACAACUCGCAGACCCAGCUCGACAACAAAGCGCACAGAGGCGCUGCAUCAGCGCAAGUCCACGUUCUUUAUCGCAGAGCAGGAUGCGGAUGACUUGGGCACCAGUCACAGCACUAGGUACAACACUUCGGCGGACUUUAACUCGGUGGAGCUGGCAGCGGGCAAGAAGGACACGAAACCGGUGAAGUUUAUCAAGCCGCCAUCGAAGAUCUACGAGCCACCUUUUGUGUACCCCAUCUACAAUCAGGAUGAUGCACUGCAGCAACAGCAGCAGCCAGCAACCGAAACAUUGCGCACUUCGUCGGCAGCUCCAUUCACGCGUUUCACUGGCGCCGUCAGUGGUGCAGUGGUGGUCAGCACCACAGCUCGACCCUUGAGUCGACCAACCACAUUUGCCGGCCAGCCCUUCUCCUACUCCACGCUGCCGCCCACAGCGAGCACAGCAGCAAAUAGCUAUCGCCCAGCUGCUGUUGUUGUGCCGCUGGAGACGCGUACGCCAACGCCAGCGCAGAGCUUCCGCCUGGUCACGCCCUCAACGACAGCAGCACCUCGAGUUGUGCCGUUGAAGGCGGAGCUGCCGUUCCACGAUCUGUUGCCGCCUUACGUGGAGUUUGUGCCACACGACAUUGCCACCACGCAGGGUCCGCCCAUUUACUACGAGUGGAAGGUUCCCGCCAAUGGCCUGGAGCCACCCAAGUUGGAUCCACCAAUCGGUGUCGAUGGUCGCGAGUAUCCCGAGACAACGGGCGACUAUACAAGCAAAGGCCACAAGCAGGAGAGUUUCAAUAGCAAGCUGAAUGAUCUGGCCAGCCAGAGUUCGCUGACCAAACGUUUGCCCAGUUCGCGUUCCAUCAAGACCAACGAGCUGCCCUCUGUGGUGGCCACUGAGAAGGCCCAACGACGCUCGGAUGUGGUUGCCACUGGCAACGCUGCAUCCACGGACAUUACUCAGCUCCGCAAGCAGCUGCUGAUACCAGAGUACGCAUUCCCAUUGGAGCAAAUCGGACGCACUGGCUACGCACCUGGCUCGAGUGCCGCUGGUGACUUGUACAAUUCGUUUCAGCUGAAGAUUCCCGAACGUCGCAGCAGUAGCUCGAACAGCGCCAGUAGUAGCAGCAGCAGCAAUGGGAUCUCAACGAAGGGCAAAUGGUUUGGCGAGAAUCCCAAGUGUCCCGAGUGCCAUCCAUCGUUUGUGCUACCUGGCACCUGCGAGCCCUGCCUGCGUAGAUAG